AUGGCCGAAAACAAAAAGCCAGUGGGCUUACUCUUCGACAUUGGAGGAGUCGUUUCUCCAUUUCAAGCCAUUCUGGACUACGAGCUUGCAAACAACAUCCCCACAGGAUGGGUAAAUUUCAGCAUCUCGCGCACAUCGCCCAACGGCAGCUGGCACAAGCUUGAGCGAGGCGAGAUCAAACUGGAUGCGGACUUCUUCAAAGCUUUCAACGGAGAUCUACGAGACCCAGAUUUAUGGAAGCAGUUCCAUGAGAGACUGCAAUCCGGUGUGCCAAGAUCGGCACCUCCAUUACCAGAAAUCGAUGCAGAAUGGCUCUUCUGGGAGAUGAUGCGAGUGUCGAGGACACCAGACCCAUACAUGUACCCAGCGCUGCAGAAGCUGAAAGCGUCAGGGCAGUUCAUUAUUGGCGCUCUGUCAAAUACAGUCAUAUUCCCUGAUGGGCAUCCUUAUAACAGCGACUCAAACGGCGUGAAGUCGCAGUUCGACUUCUUCAUCUCAUCAGCGCAUACAGGGCUCAGGAAGCCAGAUCCCAAGAUCUACGCAGCUGCGCUGAAGGAAAUGGACACAUUGGCGAAAAAGAAAGGCUUGCAAGGGGUUGAGCCUUCGGAUGUUGUUUUCCUCGAUGACAUUGGGGAGAACUUGAAGGCCGCAAAGAAGGCUGGAUUGCGAACAAUCAAGGUCAACCUUGGCCGGACACAAGAUUCUAUCAGAGAAUUAGAGAAGAUCACUGGCCUGCAAUUGCUAGACGCUGGGGACAAGGCCAAGCUUUAA